CUUCAAUGCAUCACCAGCUGAAUGGAAAUAUGGACUCUAGCUAUGGAGGAUUUUUAACUCAACAUGUCCAGGAACUAUGAGCCCGGCCACUCAGUAGGGAUGCUGGCCGCCGUGGAACACGGCCCCAUCCUCUGCAGCGACUCCAACAUCCUGUGCCUGUCGUGGAAAGGCCGGGUGCCCAAGAGCGAGAAGGACAAGCCCGUGUGCCGGCGGCGGUACUACGAGGAGGGCUGGCUGGCCACGGGCAACGGGAGGGGGGUUGUCGGGGUCACGUUUACGUCCAGCCACUGCAGGAGGGACAGGAGCACGCCGCAGAGGAUCAACUUUAAUCUGCGGGGACACAACAGCGAGGUUGUGCUGGUGCGUUGGAAUGAACCCUUUCAGAAGCUCGCCACCUGCGACAUGGAGGGAGGUAUUUUUGUGUGGAUCCAGUAUGAAGGACGAUGGUCUGUGGAGCUGGUGAACGACAGAGGAGCCCAGGUGAGUGACUUCACCUGGUCACACGACGGCACUCAAGCUCUCAUUGCGUACCGGGACGGCUUCGUGUUGGUGGGCUCGGUCAGCGGCCAGAGGCACUGGUCCUCGGAGAUCAACCUGGAGAGUCAGAUCAGCUGCGGCAUCUGGACGCCCGACGAUCAGCAGGUCUUGUUCGGUACUGCGGACGGUCAGGUGAUCGUGAUGGACUGUCACGGGCGAAUGCUCGCCCACGUUCUGCUGCACGAGUCCGAUGGGAUCGUGAGCAUGUCCUGGAACUGCCCCGACUUCCUGGUGGAGGACAGCACGGAGAGCGACGCCGACUCCGACGACAACGUUCUGCCUCUAGUGCGGAGAGUCAAGCCUUUGUUGACAGUCACCUUCUUAUCGGGAGAUAUCAGCUUAAUGAGUAACUACGACGACCUCUCGCCCGCCGUGAUCCGCUCGGGGCUGAAAGAUGUUGAGGCCCAGUGGUGCUCCCAGGGAGACCUCCUGGCCGUGGCCGGCAUGGAGAGACACGGGCCGCCCGUCGACUCCGCCUGCUCCUCCUUCACCAGGAACGCCCUCGUUAAGUUCUACAACGUCCAGGGAGAGCACAUCUACACCUUGGAAACGCCGGCGCAGAGACCCAUCACCACCAUCUGUUGGGGUCACAGAGACUCCCGUCUGUUCCUGGCGUGUGGACCAGCGCUGUACGUGGUGCGCGUGGAGCACCGGGUGGCCAGCCUGCAGCUCUUAUGCCAGCAGGGCAUCGCCAGCGCCCUGCGGGAGGAGAAGGACGUGGGGAAGCUGAACAUGCCCUCGCUGCUCUGCUCCUACGUCACCACCGCUUUCAUACCCACCAUCAAGCCCCCGAUCCCGGACCCCAACAACAUCCGUGACUUUGUGAGCUAUCCCACCGCCGGCAACGAGAGGCUCCACUGCACCAUGAAGAGGGCGGAGGACAGCCCCGAGACGGGCGGACCCUGCUAUACUCUGUACCUGGAGUACUUAGGAGGGCUGGUGCCCAUCCUCAAAGGAAGGCGCAUCAGUAAAUUAAGGCCCGAGUUCGUCAUCAUGGAUCCAAAGAUGGACAGCAAAGCAGACGAGGUGUGUGUCAACCCCAUGAUCUCGUACACUGACAGCUGCAACUGCUCCGACUCAAGCGACAUCGAGUUGAGCGACGAGUGGGUCGGCAAGAAGUCGCCAAAGUUAUCCCGAGGAAACCGGUCGACAAGGAUGAACUUGGAGUCGAGAAAAUCGCCCAAACUCUUGCGCGUCAACCAGGAAGGCCAACGGUCACCACGCCUACCGACGAAGAAGCCUCCGGUUCGGUCUCCCAGUCUGACGCGUCGAGAGUUUUCUAUGGAUGGGAUCACCGAGCACAACUACCUCGCUCAAGUCACAUCCAACAUUUGGGGGACAAAAUUCAAAAUUGUCGGACUUGCUUCUUUUCUCCCGGCCAACCUCGGUGCAGUCAUCUAUAAGACGAGUCUGCUUCACCUACAACCGAGACAGAUGACAAUCUACCUUCCAGAAGUGCGAAAGAUUUCCCAUGACUUCAUGAGCCUUCCUGUUUUCAACACCAAUGUGUUCAGCGAGGAUGAGGACGACCUACCAGUGAUGGGGCCGUCUGGAGUGGCAGGAGACAAUCCUUCCUGUACGGUCAACAUCCCCAUCGCUCCCAUCCACAGCGCGGCUCAGGCAAUGUCUCCAACUCAGAGCAUCGGCCUGGUUCAGUCUCUUCUGGCCAAUCAGAACAUUCAUCUGGAUGUCCUGACCAACCCGACAUCCACCGCCGUAGCCGCCGCCGCAGCCUCUGUCCCCGUUCCGGAUCACGGGCAGGAUGCGGUUCCAUCGCCGUAUCCGGUGCCGGCUCGAUACGCCAACCCUGGCCAAGUGAUCUUCAACGGGCUGGAGAUGGGUCCUCUUCUUCCCGGCACUCUUCCUCCCCCUCCUCCGCCCCACCACCUCCCGCCGCAGCGCCCCCAUUCGCAGCAGCCUCGCCAACUGCCGUCCAAGCAGUCGCAGCAGAUGCAGACGCAGAAGCAGCAGAAAAUGCAUCACCACCAACAGCAGCAGCAGCACCAUCAUCAGUCCCAAGCGCAGCAGCAGCAGUUGCAGCAGCAGCAGCAGCAAAUCCAGCAGCAGCAGCUGCAGCAGCAGCAGUUGCAGCAGCAGCACCAACAGCUGCAGCAGCAGCAGCAGCAGCUGCAGCAGCUGCAGACGCUGCACCAGCAGCAGCAGCAGCAGCAUCAACAACACCAGGUUCAGCAACACCAACAGCUGCAGCAGAACCCGACGCACCAACAGCUCCACCACCAGCAGCAGAUUCAGCAGCAGCAGCAGCAGAUGCAGCUUCAGCACGAGCAAAUGCAGCAGCAGCAGCAGCAGAUGCAGCAGCAGCAGCAGCAGAUCCGCCAGCAGAUCCAGGAGAUGAGGCAGCAGCAGCAGCAGCUCCAGCAGCAGCACCAACAGAUCCAGCAGCAGCAUCAACAGAUGCAGAGGCAGCACCAACAGAUGCAGCAGCAGCUGAAGAUGCAGAUGAUGCUGCCCCCUCCGCCGUCCGGUUACCCAACCAUUUCGUUGCACCAGAUCCACCUCCUGCCUCCCCCUCCUACAACUGAGCCCGGGUUCAGGGGGGAGCACGCGCACACUCUGAAGCCCAGUCUGCCGCGGACUUUACCUCCCUUCAUCGAAAUGGAUGGCGCUAUGGAGAUUCAGAUGCGGAAGGUGAAUCCUCCUCCGCCGUACCCGGGCACCGCGGCAUCUGCGGCGACGUUGACGGCCGUCGCCACGGCCCAAACUCUCGUCACGAACUGCGACAGCCCGAGCGUCCUGUCGCCGGACCCGUGCCCGAAGAAGGAGGAGCUGUCACUUCACCCCGCCUCUUUACAGUACCCGACACCUCUGGGCUACGAAAGGAUCACGACCUUCGACAGCAGCGGCAACGUGGAGGAGGUUUGCCGGCCGCGCAGGCGCCUCGUCCGCAACCAAAACUCGUACGCCGUCCACGGCAUUGGAGGCUCGGCCACGCUCAAAGUCACAUCCUCCGAGAAUAAGAAAAUCCAGCUUCCCUACAGCUCGGCGACGUUGAGUCGUCUCUCCGUCCCGCGAUACUCCAUACCGAGCGGAGACCCUCCCCCUUACCCUGAUCCGGCCAAUCAAGCGACUGCUACGCUUCCUCCGCCCCAGAGAGUCGAUAGCAGUCUGAUUCACGCCACUCUCCGUCGUGACCGCAGGGACGUGGCGCUCAAAGCGCCGCAGAUGAUGGAAAGCUCAAGAACCCUCCCCACCAAGGCGAAAAUGAACAGUGCGCUCGCACUCGCCUACCAGCAGAGGGUGCCCACGGCGUUGUACACGUGCACGCAGUGCAGCAGCCACAGUAGCGGCACCAGCGUCAGCGUUGGCGGCGGCGGGACGACAAGCAGCGGCAUCGCGGGCGGCACGGUGGUGAGGCAGGACUUCCCGCCGGGGAAAGGGACGCAUCACAGCACCAUCAUCGUGCACUCCAAGAGCACAUCGCCAAUGGCGUCGCAAUCGUCGUACAGUCUGCUGAGCGCCGUGGACAACAGCAGGGACCGGACGGUCUACGUCAACUCGGCCUUUAGCGAAGACGAGACUUUGAGUCAGCAGUGUCACCUCGAGAAGGCCGUACGCCAGCUGACCCUCUGCGACGUCAGUCUGACGGUUAAACGCCCUCCGCCGUACCAGUGGGACACCUCCACCACCGAGGAGUUCUGGCUCACCCCAGAACAAACAAUGCUCGGUCCUCAUCCGCCGGGCGCUCACAAACCGCCAGCGCUCAUCCUUAGUCAAGCUCAGCACUUGGACAUGACUCGGCUACCGUUCGUCCUCACGACUAAACCUCCGACCAGUCAGACCACGGGCACUCUGACUUUCCCAUCUGGUUACCAGAUAUCUCUCUCGCCUUUCCCCCCCAGUGUUGGUCACUGUGGUCCUCAACUUCAGACCUUACAGAACCCUCCGCCAAGCGAAGGAGUUGGCUCGGCCCCUUUCUCUCAGCAGGAACCCAACGUGGUCUUGCCCCCAGGGUAUCCUCCGAGUCUGGCCAACUUAGCCUGCUGCCCCCUCCCUCCGAUGUACCCAGGAGCCAGCUCAUGUGCCGGACUUCAGCUGCACCCCGUCAGCCUCCAUCCCUGGAACCCUUACCCCUGCCCACCCCCCAUGCAAGACCCUCCAGCGCCUCCCCUCCCGACCAAAACCCAUCAGAUUUUAGAGAAGCCGAUCCUCUCGCCGCCCCCUCCUUCCGGACCGCCCCCACCGCCGCCUCUCCCGCCUCCUCCUCCACCCACUGAGCUCCCGCCACCGCCGCCGUCCAAAAGUUCCUCGGAGGAGCCGGCGGAGUCGGCCAACAACUUCCCGGAGCCGUCGUCUCUGCACGACAGCCCCGCCGCGCCGCAGGAGGCGGAGCGCUUCAACAAGAAGAGCCGCAAAAGGCUGGACAGCCGGGCCGAGGAGGCCAACAUGACCGCCGUGUCCGAGGGCAAAUCGAGGAAGGAAGGGCGCGCGCUCUCCGACUUCAACACGCUCAUCUCCAGCCCGCGGCUCGGCAGCAGGGAGAAGAAGAAGCAGCCCAAGGGGCAGCGAGAGCAGCCCAAUAAGGCCAAGAAGAUGAGCAGGACCACCAACGAGUUCCAGGACAGCUCGGAGAGCGAGCCGGAGCUGUUCAUCAGCGGCGACGAACUCAUGAACCAGAACCAGAGCGGCAAGAAGAGCUGGAAGAACAAGCGCAGCAUGCGCAUGGCGAGCGAGCUGGAGGAGAUAAAGUGCCGCAAGGCCAACGAGAGAGAGGACCGGAGUUUAGGGAGCCAGGGAUUCGUCUACGUCAUGGCCAACAAGCAGCCGCUGUGGAACGAAGCCACGCAGGUCUACCAGCUCGACUUCGGAGGGCGUGUCACACAGGAGUCGGCGAAGAACUUUCAGAUUGAGCUGGAUGGUCGACAGGUGAUGCAGUUUGGCCGAAUCGAUGGGAAUGGCUACAUCCUGGAUUUCCAGUACCCUUUCUCCGCUGUGCAGGCGUUUGCUGUUGCCUUAGCCAACGUGACUCAACGGCUGAAAUGAAAAAAGGGCUUUGUGUCGUUGUCGACUAAUUUAAAAAAGAAGCCGCGAUGGUCCAGGCCCCCCGAUGUGUGGGGGCGUGUCAGUGUGGUGGUCGUUCUUUUGGUAAUAUCCAAGAUGGUCUUGCACAUGGAGAAGAUAACACCAGAGUAGGUCAGUGGUGAUGGAGCCUGCACCAGUUAUUCCAUCAUUUCUAGUUCAUAAUGUUGAAUGUACUAAUUGUAUUUAUUAAAUAGUGAAGUAAAAAAAAAUAUCAACCUGAUAAAGUAUAUGUUAAAAUUGAUUUUAAACAAGUGUGGAGGUUGAGUACCAAAGACAUCUUCCCUCUCUUAAAAAUGAUGGCUAAUUCAAUGUAUUUAAAAAGGAAUCCAUAUUUUGUGAGAUAAUAUACACAGCAAAAUACCAUCAAAAUUGCAAAUACAUUUUCACCAAGCCAUACCAUAUCUGCACUAUUUUAUGUCAUUAAGUAUAGAAAUGAUCCGGUUUUAUUAUAAAUAUCAACAAUAAUAUAUAUAUUUUUUCCCACACAUACAUUUAUUUGUAUUUUUAGUCCUUAUCUAAAUCUAGUUUGUUCAAACGUAAUGAUUUUGAUUUUUAAUUUUUAGUUUAAAAAAAAUGUCCUCUUCAUUAUUUUCAAAUUACUGAACACGCAAUAGAAAAAUAUAUUGAUUAUGAAACUGAAUUGACCGCCAGUUGAUCAUGUUUCAUGAUACUUCUAUGAAGUGGUGCAACUACCAUAGUAAACCAUAUUCUUUUACAUUUAUGAGUCUAUUAGUGCCAAAUAAUUCAAAUGCACUUAAAGUAAGUGAGCGAGGGAAUACGGUAGAACAUGAUCUCAUCCCCACGAAACUAAAAUAUGCAUAAACGCAAAUUUUUUCCCAGAGUAUCUCAAACUUGGUUCGUUCUGUGUUGUUUUCUUUGGGUGUUUGUGACGCUGCUGCAUCAGCGCUCCGCCUUGUUGGAACCCAGUAGUGCUGCUUUAGAUAAAGCUUGUGUGCAAUAGCGCUCCGUACAUAGAACUGACGUUGUACUUGCAAAAGAAAGAAAAGAAAAACAAUGCUGCUUGCACUGUGUAUUUAUUAGUAAAUGACAUUAUUAUAUGCUUCGACAAUUGUGCUCAUGUGUUGCUAAUUUGCGUACAUUUUGUAGUUCACCUUCGCUUCAACAUGGUAACGAGAGUUUUAUUUUAUUUUGUUAAACUUGGAGGGAAAAAAAGGUAAUAAAUGCUACUUAUUCACACGUUGAUAAUAUUAAUUUGGUGCUAAUGUAUAAAGAAACAAAUGUGGAUAAGGACAUUGUGUUUUUUUGAUAAAAAUCAAAGUUGUUGUGACAUGUGUCAUGUGCAAAAAAGAAGGUUAUUUUAAAGAAUAUAAGGACAGUAUUUUAGGAGAGGCCACAGAGAGUUUUCAUUUAAGAGAUUUUGUUGAAUGCAGCUUUAUGGAGAUGUUCCGCGACGGUGUGUGUCAGUUAUCAGCAACGCUGCUCACCAAGAGUUGGUUGCCUGAAUUUAUUUGUUCUCUUAUUUUGUGACGGAAACAAAUAUGAUUUGACCGUCUAGGUUUACAUGGACCUGUCGGAUGAAAUGUAAUAAAAAAUAUUUACAUGGU